GAUGUCUUGCAGAACCCAGCCGCCGUCGCUUCGGCGCCUCUGCGGGAAGUCACGCGUCGGGACAGCACCUUUCUGGUGCAGCAGCGUGGCAAGAUCAAGCGCAUCCUCGACCGCGAUGCGGGCGAGUCACAGAGCACGCGGUUGUACCGGGUGCGCAAGAAGCGGAAGAUCUAUGCCAUGUUCUUCUACGACUUUUUCCACACCGUCCUGCAAGUACCUCUUUUGGGCCUCUACCCCAUUGUCUUCAUUGCUUAUGCCCUUUGUCACUUCCUCUUCGCCAUCAUGUGGUGGAGCAUUUCCGACAGCUGCGCCAUUGGGCUUUCGAGUCUCAUGUCGGCCUUCUACUUUUCCGUGGAGACGCAGAUGACGAUUGGUUACGGGGCACCCGCGGAGAACUUCGCAGGCUGCCCCGAAGCCGUGUUCUUGCUACCCUUGCAGGUUGUUUGCGGGCAGGUUCUGGACGCAGCCGUGAUUGGUAUUGUUUUUGCGCAGCCUCUUGGCAGUCCUUGCAUAAGUGCCAGUGCUCACGCAGCGAGCGUGAUGUUCAGCGACACGGCGCUGCUACGAGUUGUGGACGGAUGUGUCCAGCUGACCUUCCGAAUAGCCAAGAGGACUGGCUUCAGCCUAUCCCAAGGCAAGAUCCAGGUCUACUGCGUUCAGCACCACAAGGAGCCCUCUCAACCACGCGGCGUGCGCGUGGAGGUCAAUGCGAUGGAUCUCAUCGAGCCUGACAUGGACAUGUACAACGGAGUGAUCUUCCUGGGCCUGCCCUGCGAGGUGAGCCACAAGGUAGACUUUAGCAGUCCCUUGGCGCCCGUGGUACCUUCGGGCACCACUGGAUAUCCCUCGGAGCUGGAUGUGAGAACCUAUCUCAAGUCGUCAAAGUACCUUGAGAUCCUGGUUCUAGUGAGUGGCGUGGAACAGACUACGGCAGCAAGCUUUGAAGCCAGGCACUCCUAUACGCUGGACGACCUCUUCUGGGACAGGACGUUCGAGCCGUGUGUGUCCAUCAACAUGGAUGGCAAUCACACUGUGGAUCUGCAGCGGUUCCAUCAGAGCCACAUGAAUCGAGACGAGCAUGAGGCCGUGGCCCCUGACCGUGCGGUCUCCGUUCGCACGCAUCACUCCUUCCGCGCCACUCUCGAGGUGCAAUUCUCGACAGCCUGGGCCCUUGAGAGGGG